AUAGCGGAGUUCCAUACUUCACCGCCAUGUGAUCUUUUUCUCUGUGUGUGUGUAAAAGUUUUUGUUUUUCUCCAUUUCUAUAAAAUUUUCCAGUGAUGAAAACUGAACUAAGCAGAAUUGUUAUUUAUUAAGAUAAACAACAAAGUCGUUCAAUUGUUUUUGGUGCAAAAGCGAAGUGUGAACCAACCUGUACGCAUCUAUCUUCUAACAGAAAAUCUUAAAUUCCACUUCCUAGUCAAAACCAGAAACUGAGAACCCCAUCUCAACUGCUUUAGUUUUGGACCAAGCUAAGUCCUUUGAUCUUUAUCAGGGAAAAAAAACACUUCUGCUUGCAGCUUCUGGUUUCUUUGAUGUAUUUCAAAUGAGAUGAUGGCUUCAGAACUGCAAAAACUCAUCAAGAAAAACAGAGGAUUCUAUGUUAAGAUGAGGAUAUUACACAAAGGCAGACAACCUGAGAAAAGCCUCUUUUUUAGAUACUACCAAUGGAUUCUUUGGUUUUCUUUUACCCUCUAUUUUCUCACCUCUUUCUUCAUUACUAACAAGCCAAUCCAAUUGUCUAAACCUCGUGCUUCUGGUUCCAAAUUAUCCUUACCUUCUCGUGUCCUGUUUGAAUCUGUUAACAAAACUAGUCAACAACCUUAUCUCAAAAACCCAGCGAUGUUCAAAGAUUUGAAGAUAUUCAUCUAUGAGUUACCAUCGGAAUACAAUGAAAACUGGCUUUCCAACAAGCGAUGCAGCAACCACUUGUUUGCCUCCGAAGUGGCCAUUCAUAGAGCCUUGUUGAACGCCGACGACUUUAGAACAUUUGACCCUAAAGAAGCUGAUUUCUUUUUCGUGCCUGUUUAUGUCUCCUGCAACUUCAGUACCGUUAAUGGUUUCCCUACCAUUGUCCAUGCUCGGUCUCUUUUAUUCUCGGCUAUCCAAUUUAUCACCAAAAACUACCCAUUCUGGAACCGCUCCCAAGGUUUUGACCACAUCUUCGUUGCUUCCCAUGAUUAUGGAGCCUGCUUUCACGCCAUGGAGGAUAGAGCUAUCGAUAACGGGAUUCCGGAGUUUUUGAUGAACUCGAUACUAUUACAAACAUUCGGGGUCAAUUACAAGCACCCUUGUCAGGACGUUGAAAAUGUUCUUAUACCGCCUUAUAUAUCGCCGGAAAGUAUACGGAAGACCCUCGAGAAGGCUCCGUUGACUGGGAAUCGAGACAUCAUGGUCUUUUUCAGGGGAAAAAUGGAAGUCCACCCCACAAACGUUAGUGGAAAAUUUUAUAGCAAGAGGGUGAGGACGGAAAUUUGGCGAAGGUAUAAAGCAGAUAGGAGGUUUUACUUGCAAAGACAUAGAUUUACCGGUUACCAGUCAGAAAUUACACGGUCUGUUUUUUGUUUGUGUCCACUUGGAUGGGCCCCCUGGAGUCCAAGGCUUGUUGAGUCCGUGGCUUUGGGCUGUGUCCCGGUGAUCAUAGCAGACGGUAUCAGGCUGCCGUUCUCCUCCGCUGUGAAGUGGUCAGAGAUUUCCCUCACGGUGGCGGAAAGGGAGGUUGGGAAGUUGGGGCAGAUCCUGGAGCACGUAGCCGCGACCAAUUUGUCUACCAUUCAGAAGAACUUGUGGGACCCCGCUGUCAGGCGAGCCCUACUGUUCAAUGAUCACAUGCAAAGAAGGGAUGCUACGUGGCAGAUUUUAACUUCGCUCUAUAAAAAACUGAACCGGUCGUACAGGAGGUCAAGGGUUCCAAGCCAAUAGGAAGAAAACACGUCGGAUGAGUAGCCAGCUAUAGGGGUAAAAUUGGCAACGUGGAUGUGGAUGCAUCCGUGCAUGAAUGGAGGACAGCUGGCUGUGGAGGUUGCUUGGAUCGCCGGUGUCAUAUAAUGAAAGCUUGAUGAAAUUAUAUCCUAUAUGGUGGGUCAUUGGACCUACAUAAAAGCAUGAGAAAUUUUUUUGUUUAUUUAUUAAAUAUUUGCCCAAACUAAUGUGGUUAAUACAAGAUGACCUAACGUAACGGAGAAAGAGAAACAAAUAUUCGUGAUAAAUAACACACACAUGGAAUCAUUUUUGGUUAA